AUGGCGGCCCUGACGACCGUGGUGGUGGCGGCGGCGGCCACGGCGGUUGCCGGGGCGGUGGCGGGGGCGGGCGCGCCUGCGGGGACCGGCGUGGGAGCGGCGCCGACGCCGCAACAGAAUGAUGGCAGCUUUAGUACUUCCGGUGGAAUUCGUCCUUCUCAGCUUCAGAACUGGAAGCAGAAAGUUAGUCGGAUGAAGAAAGCAGAAUUCAUACGCACAGCAGAAAAAUUAAAGAAUCAAGUUAUUGUUAUAGAAAAAGAUAAACACAGUCAUUUCUACAACCAAAGAGGGGACUUCAGAACUGAGCACAGCAUGCUGGAAGAACUGGAGAACAAACUGAUAAACAGCAGGAAGAUAGAGAGAGCAAAGAUCCAGCAACAGUUGGCCAAAAUACAUAACAAUGUGAAGAAACUUCAGCACCAGCUGAAAGACGUGAAGCCUACGCCUGACGUUGUUGAAAAGCUCAGAGAAAUGAUGGAAGAAAUUGAAAAUGCAAUCAAUACUUUUAAAGAAGAACAGAGACUGAUAUAUGAAGAGCUUAUUCAAGAAGAGAAAACAACUAAUAAUGAGCUGAAUGCCAUCUCCAGGAGAAUUGACUCCUGGGCUUUGGGAAAUUCAGAAACAGAGAAAGCUUUCAGAGCGCUCUCAAGCAAAGUCCCCGUAGACAGAGUGGCACCAAGUACUCUGCCAGAAGAAGUUGUGGAGUUUGAAAAAUUCCUUCAGCAAACAGGAGGGCGACAGGGGGGCUGGGACGAUUUUGACCACCAGAACUUUGUGAAAGUGAGGAGCAAACAUAAGGGGAAGCCGGCAUUCAUCAAGGAGGCUGCAGAACACCUUCCGGGAAGAACACUGCGUGAAGUGGAGCAACACGAGAAGUGGUAUCAGAAGUUCCUGGCUCUGGAGGAGAGAAAAAAAGAGUCUAUUCAAAAUUGGAAAACCAAAAAGCAGCAAAAGAAAGAGGAAAUACUCAAGCUAAAAGAAAAGGCAGACAACACACCUAUUCCUUCUCAUAGCAAACCAGAAGAUAACCAAAAGCAGAAAGAGGAACAGAGAAAGAAGCAGAAACUGGCAAUUGAAGCUUGGAAAAAGCAGAAAAGUAUAGAAAUGUCAAUGAAGCAUGCUUCCCAGCUCAGAGAAGAAGAGGAGAGAGAGAGGAAGCAGCAGAAAGAGCGCCAGCGGCAGUUUAAGUUAAAACUGCUCCUAGAAAGUUACACCCAGCAAAAGAAAGAGCAGGAGGAGUUCCUGAGGCUUGAGAAGGAGAUAAAGGAAAAGACAGAAAAGGCGGAAAAAAGGAAAACUGCUGCGGAUGAGAUUUCCAGGUUCCAAGAAAGAGAUUUGCAUAAACUUGAAUUGAAAAUUCUAGAUAGACAGUCAAAAGAAGAGGAAAAGGCAGAAAAGCAAAGGCGACUGGCCAAAUUAAAAGAAAAGGUUGAAAAUAAUGUCAGUAGAGAUCCCUCUAGGCUUUAUAAACCUACCAAAGGCUGGGAAGAACGAACCAAAAAGAUAGGCCCAUCAGGCUCCGGGCCACUUCUCCAUAUCCCACACAGGGCCAUUCCAAGCUGGCGACAAGGAAUCUAGAGAGACUAUGAGAUAAUGCAAUUGCUGUUCACUUGAUGAGAAUGCUAGUAUUGCUGUUUCAGGAGACGGUGAUUCACUUUGCUGUUUAAAUGUUAGUAGCGUAGUCAGGUUGGUUACUGUGCUGUGUUUGAACUGAGGGGUUUGAAAUGUCACGUAGCACUGGCAGUAUUUCGUUUCUACAGAGAUGCUCUAUGUUGGCCUAGUGUUAAUAUGAAUGUUAUUUAAAUAGGUUUAUGUUACAAACAUUAUUCUAUUUAAAUACGUUUUAUCAUGGCUUAGGAAAUAAUUUGGGAGAAUCAGUCUUUUUUUAAGCCAAAAUUUUGUAACUUUUAUAACUUGGAAGUAACUAAGC